AUGCUGAGGGGCGAAGCUUUCGACCAGUUCGAAGCGGCAAAACGGUCCUCGAAUGGCACUUCAGAGCAACUAUCACAAAUUUUCAAAGGACUCUGUUUUUCCCUUAUUAUAUUUGCCGCUUUGUUUGGAAACGCCUUGGUCUUCAUUGCCGUACAACGAUUUGAAAGACUUCGCAGAGUCAAGACGAACAUAUUUCUUGUCUCCCUAGCUAUGGCUGAUUUUCUGGUCGCACUGGUCGUGAUGCCAUUCAGCGCUUGCAUGUCCCUCAUGCACGGCCGAUGGAUAUUUGGCAAUUGGUUCUGCGAUGUUUUCAAUGCAAACGAUGUGCUAUUCAGCACUGCAAGCAUUCUGCAUUUGUGUUGUAUAUCCAUGGAACGUUAUAUUGCAAUCAUCAAUCCGCUAUCAUAUGAUAGGAAAAUGACUAAAUCCAGAGUGACCUUGAUGAUUACCACUACGUGGAUCCUAUCGAUAUUGAUUUCUUAUCUGCCCAUUAUGAGCGGCAUUUAUACAACGGCGGAAUACCUGGCCCAGAGGGGCUCACAGCAUGAAGUGUGUGAAUUCGUAGUUAACCCCAUCUACGCUGUUGUGUCUUCCUCGACCUCGUUCACCAUACCCAGUAUUGUGAUGGUUGCUGUGUAUGUGAGGAUAUAUAUCGAGGCACGAAGGCAAGAACGCAAAAUUCAUCAUCUACACCUAUCCAAAAAACUCAAAACAUCGAGCGAUGCUACCACGUACACUACGGAACAACCACGGGGGUCAGUGGAGAAAGAAACAACGGUUCCGGAAAAUCUGACUAACUUGUUGAUGAGGGCUUCAGAAACCAAUCAUCAACCCAUCACAAAUCGCAUGUCUCCACCAAGCAUUCCAAAUCAGAGUCUGGAAUCAAGAGAGCACUUGAAGAUUCACAGGGAAAACAAGGCAGCAAAGACGCUAGGGAUUAUUAUUGGUGCAUUUAUCCUAUGCUGGUGUCCAUUCUUUUUUUGGUACAUUUCCACAAACGUUUGCCGUGCAUUCGCUGAUUGUCCAUACCCUUCCAUUUUGGGCGAAGUUCUAUUCUGGAUUGGCUACUUUAAUUCCACUUUAAAUCCAAUUAUUUAUGCUUUUUACAACCGAUCAUUUCGACGUUCUUUCAAACACAUUUUACAGUGUCAUGUGACUGUGAAACGUGCGGCCCAGGCAAAAAUCGAUCGGACCCACUCACCAAGUCUGAGGCGUUCCGCUCAGGCAGGUUACUUGACCAGUAUGCAACCAAUGAAUAGAAGUGAUUCAACGGAAUGA